GUUUGUAAUGUCAUAAAUUAAUAUCUCAAAAUAUGUCAAUCUUGCAAUUUUAAACUUUAAGAUCCAAAAUUUUAAUGAUAGUUGAUGGCUUUUUCCUAUUUUCCAAUUCUCCAUUUUGUCUACCUCUAGAACUAUGAAAUUAACGUUUAAAGUUUUAACAAUUAUAUCCUUACUUCAAUUGACCACUGCCUCACAGCAUAAACAAUCUUGCCACAGUCCCAUAUACUGCCAAGGAGACCUCCUUCAUCUAGUCCAAACCGCAAAGAUUUUUAACGAUUCCAAAACCUUCGUAGACAUGGCUAUGAUUCAUCCUGUAAACGUAACUUUACAAAACUUUCAUAAUCUGAUGGCCGAGAACGAUGAAAGGCCUACUCGAGAAAAAAUUAGAGAGUUCGUUUAUCAAAAUUUCAAACCAAUUGGAGAAUUAGAAGAAUGGUAUCCACGUGAUUUUAAAAAAGAGCCCAAAAUAAUAAAAGAGAUCCAGGACCCUGUGGUGAGAAAGUUUGCUCAGCAUAUAAUUAAUAUUUGGCCUACUUUAACAAGGAAGGUGUCUUAUCACGUGUUCGAUCAUCCAGAAACCCAUUCACUUAUACCUGUACAGUAUCCUUUUAUAAUACCUGGAGGAAGAUUCAAAGAAUAUUAUUAUUGGGACUCCUAUUGGAUAUUAAAAGGUUUACUGUUGAGUGAAAUGAUGGAAACAUCUAAAGGAUUGAUUCAAAAUUUAUUAUCUAUGGUAGAAAGGUAUGGUUUUAUUCCUAAUGGAGGUAGGGUGUAUUAUUUAAAUAGAUCACAACCUCCACUCUUGAGUCUUAUGGUGGACGACUAUGUAAAAUUCUCUAAAGACUUCGAGUUUAUAAGACAUAACGUGGCCACCUUGGAUCGAGAAUUACAAUUCUGGUUAGAUAAUAGGCUUGUUGAAAUAGAGAAAGAUGGAAAGGAAUAUCAACUCGCACAUUAUAAUUCACUAAGUGAUACGCCUAGACCUGAAUCAUAUUUAGAAGACAUAGAAACGUGUGCAGCCUUAAAAACAGAGGAACAAAGGUACGAAUGCUACACAGACCUAAAAAGUGGAGCGGAAAGUGGAUGGGACUUCAGCAGUCGCUGGAUUUUUGAUCAUUUUGACAGACCGGCAGGAAACCUUACGUUUAUUAGCACAAGAAGAAAUGUCCCUGUCGAUUUAAAUGCUUUUCUAUACAAGGCAUUUAGAGUAAUGUAUAAAUUCUAUCUUAUUCUACAAAAUACGGAACAGGCUAAGUUUUACCAAGAUCUGAUGGAGAAAUGGAGAGAAUCUAUCACUCAAAUUUUGUGGCAUGAAGAGGACGGUACAUGGUAUGAUUAUGAUCAGAAGAGUAAAAAACCUCGAAGACAUUAUUAUGCGAGCAACCUCACACCUCUUUGGGCCGGAGCAUUCCCUGAAAAUUUAAGACAAGAAUUGGGGGCUAAAUCUGUCAAAUAUUUGCGGAAACAAGGAAUAGACGCAUACAGAGGAGGUAUUCCAUCGUCGCUGUUUCCCACGGGUCAGCAAUGGGAUUUUCCUAAUGCUUGGUCUCCAUACCAAAAUCUAAUAAUUAUAGGAUUAGACAAGAGCGAGGAUCCGGAUGCUGUAGAAAUGGCCCAAAGUCUUGCCCACAAUUGGGUUAAUUCAAACAUAAAAGCUUUCCAUGAAAAUAAAGUAAUGUUUGAAAAAUAUAGUGCAGAAUCCAGCGGUAGUUUUGGUGGAGGUGGUGAGUAUCAUAUACAAGCCGGAUUUGGUUGGAGUAACGGUUGCGUCUUGGAACUUAUCCAUCUCUAUUAUAGAACUAAACGGAGGAAGUACGAGGUUUUCCAAUAGAGGUAGGAAUGAUAUACCUAUGAAAAAAUUAAUAAACGUACCAAAUGUUAA